AAAAACAAAAAAAAAAAACAAAAAAAAAAAAAAAAAAAAAAAAAAAAAAAACAACAUGUUUUAUGACGAGAAAAUGAGAACAUAAUUUUACAUUGGCCUAUUAAAUGUUUCAAAUGUGCUAGUGAUUAUUGACAACGGCGUGCAACUUGAAAGUGCACUGUUUUGUAUCCGCGUAGUGGGAGAUGAAAACAACAAGUAAAGCGAUAUGAUACAUGUAUUCUAUAAAUAUGGGAUACAUUCAUUACUCGUGUGACUGUUGAUGUUGCACUAAAAGACAAGCCACUAGACUGAUGAUAAAGGACUUGUUACAAAAUUUCAACUUAAGUAAUCAAACAGAAUUUAAAUUACUAUUUAUAUUAUAUCAAAGGAAUACAAACUUAUAAAAGUUUAAGUUAGAAUUUGUGAUUUUACACUAACUAUCGUUUAACUUACUUUAAAUAUUUGACUGCAAAAACAUUAAUAAUCAAUUAUACUGAGACUUUUAGUAAAUGACAAAGAAGAAAAUAUCAUUGUUGUUAUAGUUCACACUUGAUUAUUCAAAUAUACGUGGGGCAUAUAUGAAGAGCAAUAUACAUACACAUUCGUUUUCCUUUUAUAAACAUGGAAUAUAACACUGGACGCGGCGUUAAUCAACUAAUACGUGACUAUAAAUAUGCAGGUUCCCAGGCGGAAUUAAGCGUGAGAGGUGCAUCUACAGAGGACGUCUCAAGUUUAUGUGAUGCAAGUGGUGGGGAAGAUUUAGAAUCAUUUGCAGCGGAAUCCUUUGCUGGGGACACUAAUGAAAAAAUUAAAGAUCCUUGUGCUAAUUGCUUCACAAAUCCUCGAAAGCGUGGAGUAUAUGCAACAUAUUUUUGUAGUGAAUGCGGACUUCUUGGACACUUUCUUUGUAAAGAAUGUUUAAGUUUUCAUAACAAGUUUACGAACCACACAGACAUCAGAUCACUUAAAGUUGCUGCUAAGUAUAAGAAUAGAGUGAAAUGUAAUCCAAUUAAAACAGAACACGAAGCUAGAAGAGAAAAACAGGAAAUGAGCGCGCAUGAAGUUAAAGAGAAGAGCACACAGACGGAAUAUAUUGACAUUCAGAUAGAGCUUGAAAAUCAACGCAAGACAGCCAUACAACAACUAACUGAAGAGGGCAAAGAUACAAGAACUAGAAACCAGCCUUCUACAAGCGAAUGUUGAGAUAAAGAACUUGCAAUUUAAGUUACAGUUGACAGAAGACACAAAAUAAGAGUACAAAUGGGACGAACUGGUCAUCAGAAUUCAAUGAAUACUCUUUUCUGCUUUGCAUGAAGAAAUACAUGAGAAUACACCAAUAACAUAUACAGAGAAACACUAAAACUGCAAAAGAUUGACAAUUGUAAUUGGGUUGUAACAAGAACUUGUUAAGAAAACUGAGGAUAUCUGAUGAAAGUAAAAUGUAAGAUAAAAUGAAUCAUAAGUAGAGAAGAUACAUGAUCAAUAUUUUUUUUUCGGUCCCGUUUAGACAAACUGUGUGACUUUUAUCAACUGAUGUCUUAACGUUUGGACAUACGCUAUUUUCUAUAAAUGAAAGGGAAUCAUAGAGGUGAAAAGAACUACAAGAAACAAUACUUUAAGAAAAGACAGUUGAUAGAUGAAUAACUAAUGAAAAUGGAAAAGCAUCUAAGUUAGUGGCAAAGCAAACUUGCUUGAAUUUAUAUUGUUUUAUUCAUUCUUAUUUGUUCACGCUGCGCUGCGUAGUUGUAACUAUUUUCGGCCAUUACCAAUCAACUGUAGGCCCGUCGGAAUUUAAAUUUGGAGAUAGAUUGAUGUCUUAAUGUAAUAAAAUCCUAUUCAAUUGUUUGUUUUUAAAUAGGGGCUUUGACUCAACGCCUUUGAAACAUGUCUGUGUAUUGGUGGAGGUUUUUGUUUUUGACUGUUUUUAGAUGUUACUUUUAAAUAGAUUUUGAAAGAAAUUUCCGUAAUUGUUUAAUAGAUAUGCCAGUAUUUAUUGAAGUUGUAUAUUGCCUACUUUUAUAUAUGAUUGUUAUAAAUUACCGAAAUUAUCUACGAAGAAACCCUUGACGCUCCCUCCUGACUUACACAUACAGUAGUCAAGGGACAGUUGCCACAGCCAUGAACUUCCUACAUUCUACCUCUUUUAUAUACUUUUUUUAAUUAUGAAAGUAUUAUAACAUAACGUCAUUAAAUUACUGACAUAUGCAUUGAAUUCCAGAAAAGGACUACUGUACAUAGGAUUGCAUAAACGAUCCACACUUUCGGGCAGUUCAACGCCUUUAAAAGCUACAAUAUUUUUCAAAGAACUGUUAUAAAUCUUUGUUAUGAUGCAUUUGCAAUAAUGUCUCAGUGCUGAAAUUUCACAUAACUAGAUGGAACGUAGUUUUCAGCAAUUGUUUAUUUUUAUUUCUUUACAAAUGGCAUUCGUUUUUAAAGAGGGACAACUUUUUGAUAAUAUUUUAUGUACCCAAUCGUACGGGACAGUAGGGUAGAACAUGGAAUGGUUAAGUAGAUGUUGUUCGUUUAUCAAAUAUUUCUUUGUUCUGAUGCUAUACUCCUAAAGUGUUACUCCAUAUAUUUAAAUUGCUGCCGUUUAUUUUUAUUAUUUCAGAUUAUUCUGUUCUGUUUUCUGAGUUUUCGGUCCAAAGUCUGUAUUUUAUGCUCAAAGUGUAUUAUGACUGUUAACUAAUGAUACAAACGUGCAAUUUUAGAUCGCGCUAUAUAAGAUUUUACAGGUAAUUUUUAUGUAAAAUGGCUAAUUUUAUUGAUUUUUUCCUAUAUAACUACCGAUAACUUAGUAUUUCUUCGAUACAAUCUCAGCUUAUUGUUUCCUAAACAAUGUUGAAAGUUUGAAUCGAUAGUGAAGGUAAUACACGUGGCUUUAUUUACUUGAUAUUUUUCAUCAUUUUAAAAAGCUAAUUUUCUUAACAUGAUGUGACAGGACUUACAUCCUAUCGCAAUUAGCUUACAUGAUAAUACCAUUUUAAAGUCGAACAUAAAAAAUAAAAGUUUAAUUAAGA